AUGAAGAACACUGUUGCAACACUUCUGAUAAUUGCACUACUAAUUAAUCGGAUUAAUUCAGAAGCUCUGGCUUCUCCAAUUUAUGAAUAUUUAAAGGAUUUAUGUCCGACUGGUCAGCUACCAUUAACCAGCUCGAAAACUGUAAAGACUUGUGCGAAUUUGUGUCCUUUAGGAGCAAUGUGUUAUAAGGGAAUCUGUUGUGUACCACCUCCACAGUGUAGGCAUCCGUCUUAUAGAACCUCCACCGGUUUUCCAUGUCUUCCAAACGUCAAAAACAACUGUCCGGAAAAUUCUCUGUGUGUUUCGAGCAGUCAAGAUGGAAUGCAUAUUUGCUGCUCGUCAAAAAGCAACAUUGAAAAAAGUUUCCCAAUUUCCAAAUCCAAAGUCGCCACAAUUUCUACAAUGUCAAUGAAAAUCGAGAAGCCAGUGAGGUCUUUCCCGCCAGAUUCCUCCCAAAUAUGCCCAAAAUCUCAUCCAAUUGUUGCCCAUGACGGGAAGUCACUGGUACUUUGUAAGGAUUGUGUGCAAGGAGUCUGUGCCAAGUUUCGAACGAGCAACGUAGAAGUCUGCUGUCAGAAUUCCGAUGAUAUCUGUGGUCCAGGAAGUCAAGUUCUUAUGGAUGGAAUGGUUCCGAGAGACUGCGAUAAGAAGCCUUGUGGGAAGGGCUACGAAUGCUCCUUGACUCCAUCUGGCCUUCGAGUAUGUUGUUCCAUGGCUAGAUGUCCAUCUGGAGUAUUAGCGAGAUCUGUUUGUGCCGCGGGAUGUUUAAGAAAUGAGAAAUGCACGGAAAUUCAAAAUGAGAUGUGGUGUUGUCCAGAUGAAACUAUUGGUUUUGUGAAGAGAAAUGAAUAUGUUUGCAGGGAUGGAGGACAAAGCACCGGCGAAAAAUGCGACCCAGCAUUUCCAGCGUGCUCUCAAGGAGCACUUUGUGAGAUCAACAAAGACAAAACCGCUCAUGUUUGCUGUAAAAGAUACCGAUCAAGAUACUCCCGUCCACUAAUGGAAAAUGGUCUCCCAUACAUGUGUCUCCGUCUCGGGGACCCUUGUCUUCGUGCCGGCUACACUUGCCAGGAAUCUGAUAUCGACGACGUCUUCGUCUGUUGCUCAGUCCAAUCCAAUCAAUUAAAUCGCCUUCUUCCACCACAUAUCCCAAUGAUAACGUCUGCUCCAACGACGACGUCAACAGAAGAACCAGAAGAAAUCAUUGCUCAGCCUUCGUGUCCAUUUUCCUAUAUGCCCUCAAAAAAUGGAAACGAAGAAGUUCAACGGUGUCUGACGCUGUUCUCUUUGGACUGUCCAUUCGGCUACACUUGUCUUCCAUCAUCCACCACCGACAGUUAUCUCUGUUGUAUUCGAAAACCUGCCAUUUAA